UCCGGAAGGUUAAGUGGAUUACAUCAGAAGCUGACAUAGUAGAAGCGUGUGGAAGGUUGUUCAGUGAAGUAUUGCGCACGUAUAUUUAUAUUUGUUAUUGCGAGACUUUCAAUUAAUUUAUUGACACCAUGUUGGUGGCUAGACUUGCCUGUCUGCGUAGUUUGUCCACAAGUGGGUUGCAUUCUGCUUUCACCCAAGGAUUUCAGGGUCUAAGGAAUUCCUGCUUAAAGACCAGUCAGCUACAGCUUCAGACCAAACAGGGCUAUGCCUCAAAAGCAAGACUGGGUUUCCGCCGUGGGAGAACAGUUAAAGAUGAAAUAAAAGAAACAGCAUUUAAACCAGCAAUGGAAACAGCUAUUAAAAUUGACAAUAUGGGAAGAAUAGUUCUUGCAGGGGGAGCUGCUGUAGGCCUUGCAGCCUUAUGCUAUUAUGGACUGGGAAUGUCCAAUGAAAUAGGAGCCAUUGAAAAAGCUGUCAUUUGGCCUCAGUAUGUUAAAGAUAGAAUCCAGUCUACUUACAUGUACUUUGCAGGAAGUGUUGGCCUUACUGCCUUAUCAGCUGUAGCAGUCAGUAGGUCACCAGUGCUUAUGAACCUAAUGAUGAAAGGAUCCUGGCUGGCAAUUGGAGCAACAUUUGCUGCAAUGAUAGGAGCUGGUAUGUUAGUUAGGUCAAUACCUUAUGACCAGAACCCUGGAACUAAACACCUUGCCUGGAUGUUGCAUGCAGGUGUAAUGGGUGCUGUUGUGGCUCCCUUGACUUUGCUUGGUGGUCCAUUGUUGAUCAGAGCAGCUUGGUAUACUGCAGGUAUUGUCGGUGGCUUGUCUACUGUGGCAAUGUGUGCACCCAGUGAAAAGUUCUUAAACAUGGGUGGUCCUUUGGCUGUGGGACUGGGCCUGGUUUUUGCAUCAUCAGUUGGAUCUAUGUUUUUGCCUCCAACUACUGCAUUGGGAGCUGGGGUUUAUUCAAUUGCUGUUUAUGGAGGACUGAUUUUGUUUGGCAUGUUCCUGUUAUAUGACACCCAGAAAGUAAUAAAGCGUGCUGAAUCUUACCCUGUCUAUAGUGUAAGGAAGUAUGACCCAAUUAAUUCGUGCCUGGGAAUUUACAUUGACACCCUGAAUAUAUUCAUGAGAGUUGCAACCAUUCUAUCAAACAGCAAUUCAAGAAGGAAAUAAAAUGCUAAAGCUUUAAAAUAUUUAUCUAGGACUUGCCAUUAAUUCUCAAUAAGACAAUUUUAGCAAUGCUGUCACUGGAAAGACAAUGCUGAAUAUUUUUUUCAUUUGUUUAAUUAUAUUAUUAUGUACUGAAAAACAAAGCAAAAACAAAGUCAUACAUUUAAAUUUGUAGUGUAUUUAAAGUUGAA